AUGAGCGCCGGCGGGGAGGCGGCAGGACCCUUCCCCCGCGGCGGGCCGCGCUCGGCGGGGAGCAGCCCCGUGCCCAGCCCCGGAUCCCCCGUGCCCGAGGAGCCGUUGCAGAAGCGACAGAGAACCGUGGAGGACUUCAACCAGUUCUGCACCUUCGUUUUGGCCUACGCAGGCUACAUCCCUUACCCUGAAGAGAAUGAGCCCUGGACCCACGGAGGCAGUAUGAGUCCCCAGAACAGCACGGGGAGCACUCAGGACAGCGAUAGCUGGGCCUCGUCCCACUCCUCCGACUGCCACGUCCUGACGGAUGACGGGAGGAGCAGGAAUGCUGUGGCCCAGGGGGCUGUGGACAACAGCCUUCUCGUGAGCUGCUCUGCCUUCCCCACCGGCUUCUAUGAUGUCCGGCCCCAGCAAACCAAACGGAAGAAACCACCAGCAAAGAAACUCAUUUUGGAGCAGGAGGUGGAGAAGAGGGUGCCGCUGAGCGCUGGGAAGGGCUUUGGGGCAGAGCAGGACGGGGUGAAGGAGCUGGCUGUGCUGGAGGGACAGGUGCCUCACGUGAAAGACCAGCUCUUGGAGCCUUCCCUCAACCCAGCUGGGGACCCCCAGCCCAACUCCCUCCUGGAGGAGCUGAUGAAGGAGGAGAAGGACUGGAUGCAUGGAGCACAGGGGGCUGGGAAGCCAGCGGGAGGUGAUCCUCAGCUAAAGGAGCACGAGCCCUGCUCUGGAGGGAGGAAAAGCCCCGGUUCUUGUAGUACCUUGGACCAAAGCGAAGGGGAAGAUGCAAGCAGAGGGAGCUCCCAGCUUAGUGCAGUUGAAUUUGCAGCAGCUCCCAACACCAAAGCAGAAGAUGACGAUGCCUGGGAUCUGAUCACCUGCUUCUGCCUGAAGCCCUUUGCGGGGAGGCCCAUGAUCGAAUGUAACGAAUGCGCUACCUGGAUCCACCUCUCUUGUGCCAAGAUCCGCAAAUCCAACGUGCCUGAGGUUUUCAUCUGCCAGCGAUGCCGCGACGCCAAGCAGGAGAUUCGCCGCUCGAACCGAGCUCGGACGGUGCCCCGCAAGCGCUUCUGUGACUGAAGCUCCUCCAGAGCAGGGAGGCCGGGGGUCCCCUUUUUAAACUGAAGACUGUAGCCUGGUUUGGCUAGACAAUCAAUGCACAGUAAUGGCAGGGGAGGGGCUGGGCCAUGGGGCUGGACUGUCCCCCUUGCACUUCUGACUCCUGGAAGCUGCCACAUGCGUCCUCCCUGGGGACUGCAUUGACCAUGGAGCUCGGUUACCCCAGAGGUGUCGGGGGGAGAGGAGGGUGGCCCAGCUGCGCACUAGGUCACUCAGAAACAGCUCUGUCCUCACACAAAGCUGGCUCAGUGCCUUUCCCCCAGGGCAGCUGCGGAGAACCUAGUCCAAGUAGUUUUUCUGUGGUGUGGUGGAAGCUUACACUUAUCCCAAGAUGUGACUCCCCUUCCUCCUUUUUCCUCACCCU